AUGAAUUAAUCUUAAUCUACAUAUACUAAUAAUUCUAGAUUUGUGUCUUUAAAUAAAGAUCCUUUAGAGAAAUAUAAACAAGGAUUAAGAUAAAAGUUUAUAGAAAUGUACGAUUAAAUUGAAGAAUAAAGAUUUAAUUAGCCAAUAACACCAUAAGAAGGAACUAUAUUUUUAACUGAAUAAUAAUCUCUUAGAUCUCUAUUAAAUUCAUCAAGAAAACCUUCAGAAGUUGCAUCUUUUCAUGAAGAAUGCAUAAAAAUAUAAAAAGAAAAUUAAUUUAUGGAUCUAAAUUAAACACCAAAAGAAAUAUCUAUAUCAUAUACUUAAAAAAGAAAUAAAAAUAGAAUUUUUGAUCCCUUACCUAAUAUUAAUCCAAUUUUCAAAAGACUUCAUGAUAAUGGUAGAUCUCUUUUGUAAUAAUCUAAUAUCAAAUAACAAUAAUAAGAAUAAAUUUGUUAAACUAGUUUUAUAAUUUAAAAAGAAAAUAAAGUUUAGAUUCUAUCAGCAAGUUUCUUAUAACCGAAAUCAUCAAUAGGUAUAUAAACUGCAGAUAACCCAAUUAAAUAAGAAACAAUAUAAGUAUAAUGUAGUUUACAAUAGAGCAGAUGUGAUUCAGAAAUAUUUAAUAUUUAAUCAUAUUUAGAUAGACAUUAUGAUUAUUAUUAAUAUUAAUAACAUUCAAAUUGGAAUCCUAAUAUUUCUGAACUUAAAUUAUAAAAUAUGUCAGAUGAUUAUUAAUACACUUUUUGCAAUAUUUGUAAAGAAUUUGUCAAAAAUUAUAACAAUUAAAAUAAUAAUCAUUAAAAAUUCUGCAAAGUAUAGAUUUAUUAACAUACAUUAUCUGAAUUAAUUGGAAAAUUUUAAUAUCUAUUAUCCUAUGAAAUUAAUUUACUGAGGGAUUUUGAUGAAAUGUGCAAAUGUACUAGAAGAUAUUGUUAUGCAGGAUUAGAAAUCUGUACAUUAUUAAUAUAAACUCAAAGUCAAAAAAGAAUAGAAUAAUUAAAAUAGGAUUUGAUUAAAGUAAAUUUAGAAAUUCAAAAAAAUAAGAAUAAGCAUUCUCUUAAAAUUGCUUAACUAUUCUAAUAUUUAAUCUUACAAUUAUAGAAUUGA